GGGUUCCCGGAUGUGUCCCGAUGCCAGGCAAACACUGCAAGAGAUACAAAUACCAGAGACUUGGCUAUACGUGUUUGGGAGAACAUGGAGCAACUGACCGGCAUCAAGCCGCACUUAAUCAUCAGCAAUCUACACAGAGUGAAAAUGGACCCCAACCGAUCAGUGAACGAGGCAGCAUUUGGUGUACCGAAUGCCAUGCAGGCGUACAGAGAAUACCACUCAUUUAUCAGAGAGGCGUAUGGCCGCGUUAGGGGUGCUGGUCUGUUCAUUGACAUUCAUGGUCAAAGUCAUCCCAAUCGUUGGAUUGAAUUGGGCUACCUCGUCUCAACAAGAAGACUGAAUGAAAAUAAUGCAAUUCCACAAUUUUCCUCCAUCAGAUCGCUCUACAACUCCUUGCGUGAUUACGUUACUUUUGACCAUCUACUCCGCGGCGACUACAGCUUGGGCAGAUUACUCAACAGAAGGGGAUACAGGGCGGUUCCCUCCCCGGGUAUCAGGGCCCCUGGACGCGCGGCCUAUUUCACAGGGGGGUAUUCUACCAUGACUUAUGGUUCUCGAUUUAGUGGAAAGAUCGAUAGCAUUCAGGUUGAAUCUCCUGUCCAUCUACGCACAGAUCGUCGCCGUCCUACUUACGCCAGGGAUCUCGCCAAGGUGCUUCGUGACUUCAUGGCUCUGUAUAACUGAUGUCUCGGGUUGUUCUCUGGGACACAAUUUUGGGAUUUUGUGUCUCGGUCUGCGAUGAGGCCGACAUCGAAU